AUGUCUGAAAUCCGAAGAAAGCUGGUCAUUGUAGGCGAUGGUGCUUGCGGCAAGACCUGCCUCUUGAUCGUCUUUUCAAAGGGAACAUUCCCUGAGGUGUAUGUGCCCACUGUGUUUGAGAACUACGUUGCGGAUGUCGAGGUGGACGGGAAGCAUGUCGAGCUUGCGCUGUGGGAUACGGCGGGGCAGGAGGAUUACGACCGGCUGCGACCUCUGAGCUACCCUGACUCGCAUGUCAUCCUCAUCUGCUUUGCCGUCGACAGUCCGGAUUCGCUUGAUAACGUCCAGGAAAAGUGGAUCUCAGAAGUGAUGCAUUUCUGCGCCGGGUUGCCGAUUAUCCUCGUUGGGUGCAAAAAGGACUUGCGGCGUGAUCCGAGGGUGAUUGAGGAGCUGCGAAAGACGAGUCAGAGGCCUGUGACGCCGGAAGAGGGCAUGGCCGUCGCGCAGAAGAUCAAUGCUAGGCACUAUCUCGAAUGCUCGGCCAAGUCGGGUGAAGGCGUGCGCGAGGUGUUCCAGUAUGCAACCCGUGCGGCGCUCCUUAGCCGUCCCGGAAAGAAGCGUGGCAGCCACUGUGUCGUCUUGUAG